UGUGUAAGCAAAUUGUACGCAAACAGUAUUAAAAAACAUUGUAGAAUUACAAAUACUAAUUAGCAACAAUUAAACAAAAGCAAAACGCAUAAGCAAUAGAAAGAAAUUUAAGAAACCACUUGAAAUAAACCGUUUUAAAGCAGUCGCGAGCAGCGCAGUCGUCUGGCGGCGGCUGCAGCAAAGCGCAGCUUGACGAACGUCUUAAACGGCCAGUUAAAGCCAUGUCUCCAGCACCGAGCCGACCCGCAGUCUGUGCGCCUGGCGCGCUUUAGGCCCCAACCAAAUCCAUUGACGAAGCAGAGCAAAGUAUCGAAAAUGAAACAAAAAACUUGGCGUCACAAGCGUAAAUAAUUCAAUUUAUAAACAACAACAACAACGGCGCACACUCAACUAACAAUAAAGCGAGUGAGAUAGCAAGUAAAUCAAAGCUGAGCGAAAGAAGCGUUGAAUAAGUUGACCAUGCUCGGGCGCACUCAGAAGCUGCUCCUGGGGCUGGCCAUCCUCUUGCUAGUCAACGUUCUGUGGGUAUCCUCCAGCGAGCUGAGCAAGUUUCUCUAUGAGGAUGACAAAUAUGACAAGCCGUUCUUUUGCACAUACUUUAAGACCUCGAUGUUUAGCAUAUAUUUGCUUAUCAUUGGCAUUAUUGCGCCCUGGAAGGAGUCUUGCGAGCGUCAGCAUGGCAAUUAUGCGAUGAUGGAACAGCAUGCCGACGAGGAGAACUACUACACAAAUCAAGCUGCUUUGGGCGAUUCCACAUUUGUGCCCAUACGCGUGGCCAAUCCCAUCAAUGGCGUGCCCUCCGGCACCGAGAGCGAUGAUUCGAGUGUGCGCAGCGUCCGCUUCUGCAAGAUGGCCGAGGUGCGUGAGAUGUCGGCGCACGAGGCGACGGACGCCCUGAUGGCACGGCUCUCCUAUGCGGCCAGCAUGCGUAUCCGGCGCCAAAAGACGCAUCACAAGACGGCCAAAACGGCGCUGCUCUUCUGCCUGCUCUGGUUUGCGGCCAAUUACUUCUCGCAGCUGGCACUGGACAUGGACGAGGAGCCGAUGGUGACGCUCAUUCGAUCCACUUCGGCCACAUUGUUCACCAUAUUGUUGGCCGCUUUGUUUCCCUCGGCCAUGGGCGAUAAGCUGACCAUCACGAAGCUAAUUGCGGCUGCCAUCAGCAUUGGCGGCGUUGUGGUCAUCAGCAUAAACGAUCUGCACGACUCGAAGAUGACGCGCGGCGUCCUGUUGGCCCUCUUCAGUGCAUUCUUUUAUGCCUCGUAUUUGGUGUUUGUUAAGCGAAAAAGCGACACCGAGGAAAAGGUCGACAUUCCGCUCUUCUUUGGCUUUGUUGGUCUCUGGAAUCUGUUGCUGUUGUGGCCGAUUUUCUUUAUACUGCACUUCACCAAGAUCGAAACGUUCGAGCUGCCCAGCCAGGGUCAGUUUGGGCUGCUCUUUCUGAAUGGCUUCAUCUGCACUGUGCUGGCGGUGGCUUUGUGGUUGUGGGGCUGUUUUCUCACCUCCUCGCUGAUUGGCACGCUGACCAUGUCGCUGCAAAUACCGCUAACAAUUGCCUUUGAUGUGCUCCUCAAGCACAAACCGUAUUCAUCUAUGUACUGGAUGGGCUCCAUGGGCCUGGUGUUUGCCCUGCUGCUUGUGGUUUUGCUCAUGCGCAACGAUGAUUCAGAUCCGCUGAUGAAGCUAUUCAAAGUUGUAUAUAGAAAAGUCUGUGGCUGCCAUAAGCCAAGCAUUGUGAGAGUCGCCGACGAUGAGCAACAGGAAUCUCUGAUAAAUAGCAGCGAUUAAAGUCUGACAUCGUUUCCGGAAAGGCUUUUGCAAAACGCGCUUUCUCAACAUUUAAAAAUUGCUCACUGCAAUGCAAAUCCAAACUUGGCUGUUCACGAGUUCGUUUCGAAUCGUUCUUAAAUGUAUAGCGACAAAUAUAUAUAUAUAUAUAUAUAUAUAAUAUACAAUAAUAUAUUGUAUGUAUUUAGUUGUAGUUGAUAUUACGCACAACUUUCAUAUGCAUACAAUAAUUAUAUUUCCUGAUUUGGUUUUAAGUUAAGAGCUGAGAAUCCUGAUUUGCAAUUUUACGUACAAUUAAGAUAAUAUUAUUUGUAAUUUAUAUUAUCUUAGCAUUCUGUAAAUAGCUGUAGUCCUAGUGUUUAUCUCUAUAUAUGUGAUAGGUCUUAAAAUUUGCUGAACCUCUUUUCUUCUUUCUAAUCUAAUCAAAUGUUAUAUGCUUUAGUGCUCGACCUUAUUAUAUACAUAUAUAUUUAUAUAUAUAUAUACCCUUUAUACUCAAUUGUAGCACUUCAAAAGUUUCAGGUCUGAUAUUCCCUGUUGCAGCAUGUUUAUCAGUUUCUUGAUUAUUUAUAUGAAGCGCAAAAUCAGUUUAUAAUCGUAUUUAAAUACACAUAUAUGUUGAAAACUUUGAAAAUCGUUUAUGAUUUUGCAGUGAGACCCCAAUUCAGUAUGCUUUUUUUUUAGAAACAUAAAGCUGAAUUCUCAAUCAGCUAAAACAUAUAAUUAUAGUUGGUUUAUUGUUUACAAUAAGCAAAAACGUAUUAAAUAUUAUUGUAAGCCCGCGAUGAAAUUAUUCCAUACGUAAUUAAUAAAAGU